AUGGCUGGUCCAGGGGGCGGACCGCCGCGGAAAAGUCAUACCAAGUCGCGCAAAGGAUGCAAGACUUGCAAGAAGCGCCACAUACGUUGCGACGAGAUGUUCCCACAAUGUCGAAACUGUACGAAACACAAUUGCCGCUGCGAUUAUAUGGACAUGCCCGCAGCAGGGGAAGAUCACCUCAAAGGGUCUCAGCCUCCUGACCUCCUGAUGUCUCCCGAACUCCAGCGUCGAUUGGAUAACUGGCGGAUUACGGGAGACUCUUUCUUACCUGAACUACAAAUGGUGGACAGGCUAUACUGGACGCGGUUCUCGACGAUCGACCUGCGUUUGAUACAUCACAUGGUGACGCUUUCGACCGACAUGUAUCGCCGGGGUUACAGUAAUUGCACCGUAUGGGGGUUGAAAAUGGACUCGCUCAUUACAGUGGCAUUGUCGCACGAUUUCACCAUGAACGCGUUGCUUGCUUUGUCUGCAUCCCACCUGGCGAGCCAGACAAGGAAUGCAGAUACAGUAAACCUGGCAUAUCACCAUCGAGGAGUUUCGCUCAAGGGGCUCCAUGAAGCCAUUGGGGCCUUUUCCAGGGAAAAUUCAGAGGCUAUUCUUGCAGCCUCCAUUAUGCUCUCAUGGCAAUCCACAGAAUGGCGUGGCUGGGCAUCAUUACAACAAGGUGUAUCCACGGUCUUGAGCGCCAUGCGACAAUGGUUGCAUGAGUCUGACCUCGCCAGGUAUCUUGAAUCACAACGGGCAGUUGCGAGAAUCACAACCUCUGCGAAAUCCACACUACCGUAUUCACAGGGUGGCAUCGCACAUGAGGAAUUGCGCCAUCUCGAGCAGAUCACGACUGCGGUUCAUAUCUUGCGCCUCCGACUUCCAGACAGUGGAGGACUAACGGAACAUGCCGGGCUACUCCUUGAAUUUCUGCAGGGCCUGCAACAAGAUUUACACCUGCAAGGACCUCAGAAGGCUUUCGAACGCUUGCAGCCUCUUAGGGACCUCAUCUUCUGGUUGCCGCCCCAGAUCCUCCGAUCUGCGGAGUCCGACUUGGCUCCGCUGACUUUGCUCUCACACUUAUAUGCGACCGCCCUUGCGACAGAUUCGGUGUUUCCCGAGAUUGGCGGAGCAUAUCUUGGAAGCAUGUCGGUGGAUCCUCUUGAGAAUGUUCAUGACCUUCUCAGGACGAGGAAAGCCGCUCAACCUCACGAUACCGGAGCGCAGGUGGCUGUGUCUUUAAUCGAAGUACCGGCUCAAAUCUUGGCCUCAUAUCGACAAAGACAGAGACAUAACAGCCACAGCGGCCCAAAUGCCGGUCUAUAUCAAUACUCCCCACGAAGCCCUUUUGGAGCACCGCCCCUAACGUUAUCCUCCUCCCGAGGGGACACUGCCACUCCGAGGAGAUAUACUAACUCACCUAUACCAGGCCCCAGCAGUGGACAGUCAGUCCCCAGCUCGGCCUAUUUCCAGGCUGCCCUUGGCCCUAGCAAUCCUACUGACCUACCGCGGGAAGCGCCGUUUCCUACCAUAGGUCGGAGCAGUUCAUGGAGUGAGCGCAAAGUUGGGUUAAGGAAUCCACAGAGCACUGGUAUGGGAGUGAUGAAUGGGCCCGACACACCGCAGCACCCGCGAAGCAGCCACGAGAUUUCGGGGACGAAAGCGGACUACUUUACGCAGAGUCAAGCACCGUACAGCCAAUACGGCAGCAUGGACAUGAAUCCUCGGUUCGUCACUCUCUCACAGCUUUCGGUCUGA